AUAUCUCGAACCAAUCAGUCGUGCCUGAUAGCUGAGAGAAUGCAUUACGCAAGUGUGAUCAUUUUCUGCCUCCUUUUGGGAGCAAUUUCUGUGCACUCCGCCGAAGAGGAGGAGGACGUGAUUGUGAAUCUCUUCAGUGGACCAAUUCGUGGUGAGAAAUUCCCUAAAUUCUACGCCUUCAAGGGAAUCCAGUAUGGAGAGUCUCCAGUUGGCGAGAAGCGUUUCGAGCCCGUUAAAGUGUAUCGGAAAAAGUGGACAGAAGUGAAAAAUGCCACGGAAUUUGGUCCAUUUUGCGUGCAACUAUCUCAUAUUGGUUACACGGAGGCGGCCAAUGUCCAGGGAGAGGAGGAUUGCCUCUUCCUCAAUGUCUGGACAUCUAGUUUGGAUAGUGAGAAGAAGCUUCCUGUCUUCAUUUACAUCCACGGUGGAGCUUUCAUGUUCGGCAGCGGAUCUUCGUUCACACCUGAAAGAGUUGUUGAGAAUCAGGAGAUGGUUUUCGUCACGAUAAACUACAGAGUAGGAGCGAUGGGAUUCUUGAGCACUGAAGAUGAAGUUGUGCCUGGAAAUAUGGGAUUGAAGGAUCAAGUUGUGGCCUUGCAGUGGGUCAAGGAGAACAUCCACUUCUUUGGCGGAAAUCCCAAUUCUGUCACACUUACUGGACUGUCUGCCGGCGGCGCAAGCACGCAUCUUCACUACUUCUCACCACUGUCAAGAGGACUCUUCCAUCGCGGUGUGUCACAGAGUGGAUGUGCCCUCAAUCCCUGGGUACUGGCUGAGAAUUCCAGGAACAAGGCCAUGGCAGUUGCUGCCCAUUUGGAGUGUCCGACAGGGAAUGCGAAGAAAAUGAUUAUGUGCCUGAAGAAGAAGCCUGCAGAGGAAGUCGUGAGGAGUGCUAAACUCUUCUUUCCGUGGCUGUACAAUCCUUUCUCACCUUUCGGAGUGGUCGUGGAGAAGUCAGGAUCUCUGCCUUUCCUCACAGAACACCCAGAAGUGCUCUUGAGAACAGGAAAAAUAAACCAUUUGCCUUGGGUUGUAUCUCUAACGGACGCCGAAGGACUCUAUCCAGUGGCUGAUUUCGUCAAUCCACCAUCAAGACUUGAUGAACUGAACAGCAGAUGGGAGGAAUUGGCUCCUGCUGUUAUGGAUUAUGCUGGAACUGUUGCUCUCAAGGAUCAGCCAAGUGUGGCAAAAUUCAUAAGAAAAGUCUACUUUGAGACGGAAAAUAUAUCAGAGGAGAACCUCGAGAAGGUCGUGAAAAUGGUUGGCGAUCGACUAUUUGAUGCUGGGAUUAGUUUAAGUGCUCGUCUUCACGCUGAAUUCGCUAAAGCACCAGUCUAUCUAAUCCACUUCACAUAUCCUUCACUCUUCGGUCUCCAGCGUGUCUUCGCACCAUCGUACAAAUUCAAAGGAGCUGGACAUGCGGAGGAGAAUAUGAUAAUCUACAAGACUCCGUUAAGGAAACUUCCUCUUGGGACUCACGAGAAGAUAAUGGUGCAAUUAUAUUCAGAGUUCUUCAUCUCAGUUACCAAAGGCAAGCCACAAUUUGGUGAAAUGCCUCUGAUUCCCGUCACCACCAACAAGCGGAUGCCUUAUUUGCUCAUAAAAUCACACAAGGAUUUCACCAUUGAGAUCACCGAUGGCUUCGGCAAUGAGGACUUCUGGAAAACUCUUCCAAUUCAUGAAACUCCAAAGGGGAAUGACUUCACGAAGACCGAAUUAUAGAGAACGUCGUCAACAGUGUGUGUGUGUUAUCAGAUAGUAAUAAAUCAUAUUGCAAAAAGCU